AUGUCUAGGAUAUUUCGACGUUCUUCUGGAAUGGGUCGAUUUAUCAAGUCCCAUGUUAUCAAGAUAAGUCCAGAUGAACAAGGUGUGAACAUUCUUAUAGUGCUCAUGUUUCGAUACCCAUCCACUGAUAGUGCCGAGCGAAUCAAGAAGAAAAUUGAAAGGACUUUAUACCAAGGUCUUAAGAUCAAACAGCUGCCUUUGACUAUAAAUAAACCAUCAUUUAGCCUCACACCCAUUGACAGCAAAAAGAUGAGAAAUCUUCUCAAUAGUCUUUUUGAGGGGCUGGCCAUCAGUGUGGAGCCACGCUCAUCAGCAACACAUGGCUGCUCACAGCAGCUCAUUGCUUCUGGAAAAACAGAGACCCCAAGUAAAUGGAUUGCUACCUUUGGUACAACUAUAACGCCACCCUUAGUCAAACGAAACGUUGGGAAGAUUAUCAUCCAUGAAGAGUACCACAGAGAGAGCAAUGAAAACGACAUUGCUCUACUCCAGCUUACCACGCGCGUCGAGUUUUCAAACGUGGUUCAGAGAGUCUGCCUUCCAGACUCGUCUAUGAAACUGCCGCCAAAAACAAGUGUUUUUGUCACCAGGAUUUGGGUCUAUUGUAGACGAUGCUUGGAUUAUACUAGGGUUAUUGGUCCUUCUGAGCAUUCAGUGAAAACUGUAGCAUGUGUUCCUAUGAAAAAAACUUCUACACAGAUAAUAUCUGGUGAUUCUGGUGGACCUUUGGUUUAUGACAAUCGGGACAUCUGGUACAUUGUGGGUAUAGUAAGUUGGGGACAGUCUUGUGCUCUUCCAAAUAAGCCUGGAGUCUACACAAGGGUGGCUAAGUAUCGAGACUGGAUAGCUUCCAAGACUGGCCUCUAA